AUGGACUCCGCAUACGCCCACCAGGGUUCGUCCUCUCAGCUGGCUUCGCACAUCAAAUACCACUUGCCUUAUUUUACACCAACUGAAGUGGAACAUCUAUCUGAUAGGCAACGAAGCAAAUUAUCUGUAGCACAAGAAGAGAAGAUUAGGCAACAAGCAUGUGGGUUCAUAGAGGCGGUCGGCGCGAAGAUCGGCUUUCCCAGAAAGACGAUUGCCACUGCACAGAACCUAUACCACCGCUUUCACCUCUUCUUUGCGCGAAAAGACUUCAGCUAUCCAGAUGUCAGUCUUGCAUCGCUUUACGUCUCCUCGAAGAUGCAUGAUACUCUUAAGAAACCACGUGAAAUAUUGAUGGUCUCGUAUGCGGUACACUUUCCAGAGCUUGCCGCUAAAUCAAAGUCGAUAGCGGGAGAAGUAGACAUGGAUCCAGCCACAGUUGAGCACGAUCGCUCACGACUACUUGCGGUGGAAAGGUUGCUACUCGAAACCGUGUGCUUUAAUUUCACUUCGCGCUUGCCAUUCCCAUAUGUCAUCAAGGCUGGGAGAUCUCUGGGAGCUACCAAGAAACUGACCAAGCUGGCAUGGCGCCUGACCAUUGAUAGCUUCCGAACACAAGUUAAUCUUGAGUUUCCGCCGCAUGUGGUUGCGCUUGGAUGCCUGUAUCUUGCAGCUUUGCUGUCUUCGCUCGAGCAGGAUUCUUCUCCAGGGCGACCGGGAUAUAAAAGCAGUGCCGAGAUUGCAUCGAUUCUUGGAAAGUCCGGGAAAUGGGAAGAGAAAUUCCAAACACAAGUCCAAGAUUUGGAAGAAAUUGCUCAUUCGGUUAUCGAUCUACUCAUAUCAACGUCCCAAAAUCCUCAGGCGAACACGUCACCCACAACCCCAUCCUCUCCAUCCCCUCAUCUUGGUCGAAGCCAACUCGUACAGUCCCAUAUUGCACCUCUUCUCAUACCAUACAAGGCAGAUCAACUCAUCCGAUUAAAGAUUAUAAUGCGAGAGUCGGAACAUCCUCCGAGGGAGAGAGACAACAUUGCACUUGCGCAAGUCGAGAGCGAGGCGUCGUUACUAGGACGUAAUGAAGGGACAGUUAGAUUUCAAUUCGGGCCUCCUGGUACUGUCGACGUUUGA